UACCUGUACACAAAACCCCACACGACAGUCAUCAGAUCAAGGGAGGUCAUUCGCUUAACAUGUCCCUUUGCUUUGGCGCUUUCUCGCAUUACGACUAUUCUUUUCCUUCCUGAAGUGCUGCAUAUCAUCAUGGAGCGUAGGACGUACGAGGGCCCUAUGGAAUGGGAAUACCAUGAUGGCGGACCGUUGGAUGCGACGAGCCCGUUUUCACAAGUCGCCAAAAGUCAUGCUCCUUCGAAUGUGUUUAGUACCCCGAGCAAGUUCGGCUCCAGGCCAAAUCCAUUCGCCAACACUCCGUCAAGAACACUUCCCCAUCCACCACAGACGUCGUCUUUCUCCCCGCGCAUCCAGUCAGGCAACACAGCCCCUCCGUUUCGGAACCCGGCGUUUACAACACCGCGCAAGCCCUUUGACGAGAGCGUCUUCUCAGAGGCCGAGAGCAGCCCAGCUUUGACGGAGACGCCGGACCUGGGGAACGAUACCCCGGAAGUGGAUCGAUUGAACGACAUGCAUUUGGGAACCAUCACACCGUCCAGGGUGGACAAGAACCUGCGUUAUGGAAAAUCUGUUGCCCAUCCGAAGCGGUACCAGUCCGGCAAAGGGGAAAUUCCACGCGGAAGCCGCGACUAUGCGGCGCUCCGGAAACGAAGGCGACACAACAAUGACCGGGAUGUAGGAAGUUUACGCUACCACUCUUCCCGGGACGACUCCGAGUCGGAAUCGGACGGCGAAGACGUCGAAGGUGUGCCCCGGCCGAGUCAGCGUCGUUCCAGGAAGGAAGGUCGAGGCAAGGUGAAGGGAUGGUUCGACACCGUCGUGGAGAUGAUCAACCACAAUCCUAACAUGCCCGACAACCUGUCCAAGUGGAUCGCCCUUCUCGUCAACAUGUUCGUCAUUGCCGUCUUCGUCUACUUCGGGUGGUCCCUCGUGUCGACGGUGAGGAGCGACAUUAACAACGCCAACGAAGCUGCACGGAGGGAAAUCAUCACCAGGGCUCUUGAAUGCAACGACCAGUACAUUCUCAACGAGUGCGCGAAGAAAGAUCGGCCGGCGCUCAAAGCCAUGUGCGAUGAGUGGGACGAGUGCCGAAUUCAGGAUCCAGAAUCCAUCAUGGUGGUCAAAAACACGGCCAAACAGGUGGCCGAGGUGAUCAACGAAUUUGCUGGCACAAUGACAAUGCACGCUUGGGCAUUCUUCUUUGGCCUGCUUCUGCUGUGCCUCGCCAUGAAUACUCUCACUGGUGGCGUAUCCGCAGGAACGGGCAUCAAGCCGACGAAUCCCGUUCCGUCAAAAUCGGUACCUGAAGCUGGAGCCCCACAGCCUUCUGGCUUCCCCGGAGACGUGUCGCAGGCCUACAUGUGGGUGCCACUUCAGACCCCGCGGCGCCUGCAGCAGGUGGAUUUCGACGACGACGACGCGACGGACACGGAUGGGGCAUCACCACAGCAGCGGAAGACCACCCUACCGGCUCCCCAGACCCCGUCGAGGAGACAGAGUCCUAACAAGGGCGAUAGGGUGCGGAGUCCUAUGAAAUUGGGUCCCACGCCCAGGGGAUUCUGAAAGCUUUACACAACUACACACCUUCCAUUUUGUUUGUAUGAUGGCGAAUGGGUUAGAUGGGGCUAAGGGGCGGGAGUGUACACGUACGAGGGAUUCAACGGGUCUCAGGCUUGGACAUGGGGUUCGUGGGCAGCUAUGAUUGAUCUGCCGCGAGCAGGCGGCGUGGAUGGUGCCCCUCCACUUGGGAGCUUCCGAGGAGGUUGAAUGGGAAUGCUCAUCGUCUCUCUGCUGGUCAUGGACCCAUAUGAAAGGGGGUAGCUUCGUACACCCGUUGUACACUAAAUACGUCAUUAGAUCCAUGAUAACUGGCACGUUCCUGUGCCGAUUUCAUUUUUCUAUUCUGCUUCUUUGCUUUUUCAGACUAUUAUCAAUCAUUCAACCUGGGGCUUCAACAAGGUGCACCAAGUUGACAAUUCCCAAACAAUUGACAUUCAAUUCCGG